UGGACCACGUGGAUCAUGGAUAGUUUGAACAAGAGUGGACCAUUUUGGAUAUAUAUCAUCGGCUAAAUAAUAACCCAUAUUGUACUCUUUUCCUUUAAUAACAUAAUUAGCGGGUGGAGCAAUACCUUCAACCAGAUUAGGAAAAAGAUGGGAUGCCUCUAACACAUUAAUGUCAUUAUUAGAUCUUGGUAAGCCAAAAUAUGCAUGCCAUAUCCAAAGAUCAUAGUCAGCUACUGCUUCAAGAAUAAUAGUCGGGGACCCACUACGACCGGCAUAUUGUCCUCCCCAAGCAGUUGGACAAUUUUUCCAUUUCCAAUGCAUACAAUCCAAACUUCCCAACAUUCCUGGAAAACCUCGACGUUCACCAAUGUGGAGUAGUCUUGCAACAUCAUGAGCGUUGGGUGAUCGGAGAUAGUGGGCUCCAAACACCUCAACAACAGCACAACAAAAUCGCUUCAAGCUUUCUAAAGUUGUAGAUUCUCCUAUUUUGAUGUAUUCAUCGGUAGCAUCUGCCGGCAUACCGAUGCUAGCAUACGAAAUACAGCUGUAACUUUUUGUAAGCCUGAUAACCCGAGUUUUCCCAUUCUAUCCCUUCGUUGGAGAAAGUAAUUGUCAUGUCUUUGUAUAGCAUCCAAAAUACGAAGGAAUAAAGGACGACCCAUUCGAAAUCUUCGGCGAAACAUCAAAUCGGUAAAUCGAGGAUUCUCUGCAAAAUAGUUGUUGAAAAGAUUACGAUCAACAUUUUCCCGGUCACGGUUAAUAACUAUAUGACCAGGAAUCGAGCCCGACGUGAGCUUUGAUUUUUUUGGUGUUGAGUGAUACAAAAAUUAUUGUUGGCAGUGAUUUGGCCUACCACUUGCAUUUCUAUAUCAUUAUAAUAUUCAUCAUCUGAAGAAGACGAUGAUGAUAAAUAAGAUGAACUACCAGGAUAAGAAUUCAUAAUUUUUCAAAGUUAAAUUGUAUAUAUUUUUGGUGUGCCUCAUAUCAUGUAUCAUAUCCAUAUUUUAUAGUGUAAACAUUCUUAUCUUCUGAUUCUAAAAUUAAAAGAUAAGAAAUCUAGUGGUUUAAUCUUAGCCGCUGAAAUUAUUUUACCACGAUCUCAACCGUUGCAAUGUAUUUUCCUUUCCUAUAUAAUCUCACACUUCUCAUUCAAUUUGAUCACAUCUCUUCAACAUAUUUCCUAAAUAGCUAUAUUUUCUUCAAAAUGUCUUCCAUUCGCGGUUCUUCUUACUCAGUGUAGGAAGAUGUGCACUUGUGUCAUGUCUAUGUUGACAUUUCUCAAGAUCCAAUCGUAGGAAGAAACCAAUCAGGUAAUAAUUUUUGGGCAAGAGUUCAAUCAGAGUACCACAAAGAUGGAAAAUUUAGUAAUAAACCUCGCCCAGUAAGAUCUUUGCAAACUCGAAUGUCUACUAUUAAUAGUGCAGUUGCAAAAUUAAGGGGAUGUAUCAACCAAAUUGAAAAUAAAAAUCCAAGUGGUGCUUCAGCAGAAGACAUUUUAAUUCAAGCGAAGAUGUUAUUAGCGCAAGAUAAAAAGUACGAUAAAGGCUUUAAAUUUGAUCAUGUGUGGCACAUCCUCAAAGGUAUUCAAAAGUUUUCAAAUGAUGAAAACAUCAAUGCACCACGUAGAUUCCAACACGAAGGUCCUAGUUUCACUUCAUCGAAAUCAUCCUCUCACAAUUUUGAGUCUCCAACAUCGGCAUCCACUGGUAUGAGUUCAUUUGAUCUAAACAUGAAUAAUGAGGAAAUGAAUACUUAUCCAACAGAAAGACCAUGUGGUGUGAAAAAAGCAAAGGAAAAACAAUUAGGUAAUGAUCAAUUCAACAAACUAAUGGAACAAAAUAAACAACUCAUUAAAGUUAUUGAAAAGAGUAACAAGGAUAGAAAUAAACCUCACAGAAGAAAGGCUGACGAAAAAAUUUUAUUCACGGAUUUGAAUUCUAUAUCCGAUCCAGAGUUUCAUAAGUACAUUCAAAGUGAAAAAAGACGAAUUUACAAAGAAAGGGCACAAACAUCCGAAGUUGGAGAACAAGGAGAAUGAUCUCAAUAUCAGAGAUAUCCAAAUCAGGGAUCUCAAUAUCAGGGAUCACAAUAUGAGGGGUCACAAUAUCAAGCAUCUCAAGAUUCGGGACAUGGCGUUGAAGAUGAAGAUCAACGAUCUGAAGAUCAAGGUGAAAGAGCUGAAAAUGACUCACAAGUUUAUAGUCCGUAUUAUGACUAUCUCGGCGGAUCAAGAAAUAAUCUUCCACAUUAUUAAAUUGUUGUAUCUCAUUUUGUCUUUGAAGGUUCAUAUAUGUGUUAUUACUUUUCCGUUUAAUGUUUGGUGUGUUGUAUUUUAAUUUUUAAAUGUAUGUUUAAGUUUGUAAUGUUUUUAUUAUGUAUUAUUGACUGUGCUUUAAUUUUAUAAUGUUCUAUUGUGUAAUAUAAAAUAUGUGUACUCUUGAUUAAUAAGAAUAUGAUGUUUAGUGUGUUUAAUUUUAAUUUUAAUA